ACGCUAAGGGCCAUCGUUCAAAAGUGUCUGCAAACAGGCCAAACGCUUAGAGCGAACUCCAUUGCAUUUCCUGUCAUUGGGACUGGAAACCUGCGCUUCCCACGCGAUGCAGCCUCGAGAAUCAUGUUGGAUGAAACAGUCAAUUUCUGCAAAACCAACCCUGGUUCUAAUUUACGGGACAUCCGAUUUGUCGUGUUUAACCAAGAUCAAGCAUUAACUACCGCCUUCAAACAAGAGAUGGACAAACUACAGCCCAAGCAAACUAGCCUCCCUGCCAUCACGACUUUAACUAAAGGAAUACGUUCCUUCUUUGGAUGGAAGAAAACAGCGGGGACAUUGGGUGUAAGCAUUGAAGUCUUGCAGGGCGACUUGUGCCAGGAAACUACGGAUGCCAUAGUGAAUAUAACAAGUAAAGACUUGAAUAUGGACAGUGCUGGAAAGUUGAGCCAGACAGUGAAACAGCUAGCCGGGCCACAGGUUGAGACUGAGUUGAAGCAGUUCGGACAGCAAUCAGGUGGAACCGCAUUGAUCACCAGCAGUGGAAAUCUCCUUACGCAGAAAAUUAUUCACUUAAUUCCAGACACCAAUAAUAAAGACCACCUCCAGCAGUGUGUUGAAAGAUGUCUUCGGCUGGCAGAGACGCAUAGUCUUAGAUCCAUUUCGAUUCCCGCAGUUGGUACUGGUGCAUUCCAUGUUUCUGCAGUGGACUCGGCCAGCCUGAUAUUUAAGGCCCUGAAAAACUUUAGUGGAAGCUUCCGUAGUGUCCGCAAGGUCAGGAUCGUAAUCUUCGAGUCUCCAAUGCUGUCGGCAUUUCAGCAAGAACAUCAGAGGCAUUCGUUUUCUCCACAGGUAGGUGUGGCUCAGCGCAUAACCUUAACUAGCCCGUUCAGUAUCGAGGUGAUAAAUGGUGAUUUGACGCAAGAGAACAGCACUGAUGCUAUCAUGAAUAUCAACAGCACGGACAUGAACAUGAAUAAUGCUGGAGACCUAAGCAAAGCCAUAGCAAGACGGAGUGGUCGACUUGUGCAACAAGAAUGCAACAAAUUGGGAAAGCAGCCUCCUGGAACAGCGAAAAUGACCAGCGGAGGUUAUUUACGAGUACCUCAUAUUAUUCACAUAAUUCCAGGCUCCUCAGAUAAGCGACAUCUCCAGCAAUGUUUGGAGGAGGGUCUUUGUGUUGCGGAUGCCAAUAAUCUUCAAGCAAUCUCAAUUCCGUGUGUUGGCACAGGAGGAUACGGCUUGACCGCAGCGGACUCAGCCCAACUGACGUUCAAAGCACUAAACGCAUUCGUUGCCCGCUGUAAAAAUAUUAAAAAAGUAAGAGUGGUCGUCUUCCAGGCCCCUAUGAUGCAGGAGUUUCUACAAGAGCAGAAAAAACAACUGGUGCGAGGUAUUGAAGAAGACAGUGACUCAGAGGAUGCAGUAGUUAAGCAAACCCGAAGACGCGGACGUAGGCAGGCACCAGGCCAAAGUAAUGAACAUUCUGUAAUAAUUUCUGUGAUCGGCAAAGACAAGGUGAGCGUGGGAAAAGCCGUGGAAUCUUUGAAGAAAGGUUUCUCUGACGCUUGUACAACGGAAAAAGUCGAAAAUGAAACGGUCAGUCAGCUUUCCGAUAAGCAGAAAGAUAUCCUGAGAAAAAAGGCUAAAGACCGUGACGUCAAACUUGAAAUUGAGGAUGACGUUGAUCGCAUUGUCGUUCGUGGUGGACCAACCGAAGUUUCUGGAAUAGUCGGGGAGAUCUGGAAAGAGAUCAAUGAGAGGACGAAGAAGAAGCAGGAGGAGGAACAAGCGAAGUUGGUUUUAAAGAACAUAGAGUGGAGCUAUGAAAUACAAGGCAUACAAAUGGCGUUUGCUCCGAAAGCAAAUGCCAAGAUUGAGUUGGCCCACAGCAAAGACGAGCACACAGUGCAAGUUUCUCUACGAGGAGACAAGUUUGUUAUCGACUUGAAGAGAAACUCUGGACGUGGACAAACAUUUGGUGAACAAAUAACACUGACAAGAAAGGUGAAGGGUGCUGAUGAAGGAAUUGCUCUGCCAAAGCACUGGACACCAAUGCCCCGCCAUGACUCCACUGUACAUAAAGUACCGCUGCACCCAAGUUCCCCUGAGUAUCAAGAUGUGGUACGUAAGUUUCAAGCUACAGUCGGUGCGUUAAAUAUUCAGAGGAUUGAACGCGUACAGAAUCCUCAUCUGUAUCAGUCUUACCUGGUACGAAAACAGAAAAUGGAUAAAGAUACUGGAAGAAAUAGUGAAAGACAGCUGUUUCAUGGGACUGAUGCUAAAAAUAUCAACCAUAUCAACACACAAGGAUUCAACAGGAGCUUCUGUGGGGCUCAUGGCACGGCUUAUGGACGUGGUGUUUAUUUCGCCAGAGACGCUCACUACUCUGUUCGAUACGCUGGGGGUGGUGGUUUUGGAGGGCGCCACAUGUACCUUGCUAAGGUUCUCGUGGGGCAGUAUUGUGUUGGAAAUCCUUCAAUGAAGGUGCCUCCACCAAAAAACCCAUCAAAACCUGAAAUUCUUUACGAUUCUGUGGUAAAUAACCAAUCAAGCCCCAGCAUCUUUGUUGUUUUCUUUGAUAAUCAGUGUUACCCUGAAUACCUUAUAACCUUUUGAUGGGUACAUAGACCUUUACUCAGAAUACGGCAGAGUUAAAAGCCAAAAAGGCUUGAAAUGCUUUAUAGUUCAACUUAGUUUAUCAGCUAUAUGAAUUGCAGAAAAUCGUUCUCCUUCACAGUAGGGAACAUCAUAUAAAUGUUGGUUAUAGUUUCUCGAUAGCAUUCUUUACUGUCUCGACUCAAAACUUAUUCUUUAUCCUAUAAAUUGAAUGAUUAUAUCCUUGGAGCUAGAGGGUCCUUGUUAUGCCAAACAAAGUAAAAUCCAGGUGAACGCUUUUUAUCACUACAGUGGAGUUACCACUAGCCUACAGGCUACAGUUGUCAUUUUUUUACGUUUCUCGCGCGAGCGUAGGGAAAUGCGAGACGUGCGCGGGGACCACGACAUAGUCGUGUUCCGCGCCCCACGCGUUCACCUCGCGCUUGCCCCGUUUUCUCUCUUGGAAAAGAAAAGAGUUCUGCUGUUCUCAAAACGGUAUUUUCCUUUUUACCGCCAGACUGACAAACAAUAUUUUGUUACAUCAAUUUUCUACCAAAAAUAAAACUGGCGAAAGAAGAGAAUUUCGAAAAAUAUGCGUACCUUUUUGAGAAAUGACAGUGACGUCUCUAAGAUGACAUUUGAUUUAUGAUGUAAAAGAUUUACUGAAAAGAGACUUAGAGAAGCAUUUAUUUUUUAGUUGGCAGCCAAAAGCUCGGUCAGAAAGUGUGGCAUAGUAUUACCCACGGGUUUCACGAACAGGUUUAUUUCCUGAAA